AUGACGCUAAACGACUUCAUCAGGAAGUACGUUGAUCCCGAUUUUGUGCUUGAAGGUCGCAAUGUAAUGAUGGGGGUGUUUGCGCGUAGGCCUGCGCGGUACGUCGCAGACCCUGAGCUUCGCGGGGACAUUCUAAGCUUACCAGAGUAUCAGUUCCUGGAGGACGCACGCAGGCUAAUGGAACAUAGAGUGGGCACUCUCCAACGCUGGAAGGAUUUUGAACAGAAGGAGAUCGUCUCCAAUGUUUCAUGGGCAAAACUCGACGCAGCCCUUGCUGCGGCGGAGGCAAACGAAAAGGCAAGUGAUAAAGUGGAAGAAAAGAAAGGGCGGGAGGAACAAAGGGCAAAAAGGAUAGAUGAAAUUGCUAGCCAACCGUUACCGGAGGGAUUCUACCACUCGGUGUACAACGCGAAAUGCAGUCACGUAUUGGGAUUUCCCGAGGGCGAAGGGGAUGCGAUGGUGGUGCGAAUGGAGGUGCGUGAGGGCCAACCACCGGCCCAGCUGUGGGAUUACACGCGGGAUGGCAUUACUCUUUUGCCGGUGGAAGAUGCGGGGCAAUUUAUUUCACCGCGCCCAAGGCUGGUGAUUCUCUCGUCCGAGCACAAAUGA